GAUAAAAUUGCUCCGGAUAUGGCCUCCGUAAAUAACGAUACCCCUCUUCAGUUUAAUUUGGCGUGAUAGAACCCCUUAACACUCAUUCCCCCUUUCCCUCCCAUCUGUCCUCCGUUUUUUGUUCAGUAUGCUACGAGUUACUCCAACUCAUCGUAGGGCAAGCCAAGGGCGGCAAGUGGCCAUCAUCACGGUCUUUACUCUCUUUAUUAUUGCCGGCGGAUUCUGGACAAAUCUCUACGGAUCGCAUACCACUAAUAUAACAUUCAAGACUUUCAUCGAACCCGUUGCGGUAGAACACGCCAAACCCGUGUACCAUUCGUGGGGGAAUUUCGGAGGUCUAGGAAACUUGCAGCACAACGCAGCGGACAAAAAGAUCGCAGCUGAAACAGGCAGUCUGCCCAUGCACAAAUUCUUGUCGAACGGGCUGCUUGAAAUGAAUCCAGAGGGCCCGCAUCCUAUCUACCAGCUCAUCGAAUUUUCAGAGAAGAAGUGGGAAGCCAAGCUGCAGCGUGCGAGUAAGACUCUCAACGAGGCAGUGAUCGAAUACGAGCGCCGAUAUAAGCGAGCUCCUCCUCGUGGAUUCGAUAAAUGGUGGGAAUAUGUUGAGAAGAACAACGUUCAGCUUCCAGACGAGUACGACCAGAUAUACCGAGACCUCGAGCCUUAUUGGGGCGUCAACCCGGUCGAUCUAAUCAGGAUCGUCAGAGAAUGGGAGGGUCACGAAGACUCGUUUACUUUUGGUAAAGAGGAAGGACACCGUGCCGGACUUGUCAACUAUACCAUCCGCGACUCCAGUACUCACGACCGCGUCUUUGAUGGUACCCGCAUGCUUAGUGAACUACUCGAAGACGUCGACGAUUUCCUGCCACCCUUCCGCGCCGUCUUCCAGCCGCAUGACAAUCCGGAGCAUGCUACGGACUGGGAACUCCGGGAGAAAGCCCUCGAACACGCUCGUGCAGGGACUUAUAUCGAUGUCGAGCAUCCCGUCGUUCCUAUCAAGUAUCACGGAUGGAUCUCAGGCUGCGACCCAACUUCGCCCGCCUGGAAAGAUCCCAUCGACUUCAACUUCAAUGUAUCCUGGCCGCCCCCGCCACCAGACGCUCCUAAAACCUUCGUCUUCGACCACAGAAAGACAAUGGAUCCCUGCCUGCAUCCACACCUCCUUCGCGAACACGGCCAGUUCCUCCCCUGGGGAAAAGGCCCUGUUCCCUCCCACCGAAUGUUCCCCUCUUUCGCCUACUCCCAGACUCUCCUGCAUCAUGACAUCACCAUCGCGCACAUGGUCAGCUGGCUGGGAGAGCUCUCCGACGAGGAAGACAUCGUAUGGGAGAAGAAGACCGAUGAUCGACUGCAGUGGCGAGGCCGCACGACGGGGAUCUAUCACAAUCGGGACCUGGAGUGGCCCCUUUCGCAACGCAUACGGAUGAUGGACUGGGUCGAGAAAGGCAUGGAUGAUAACGUGAAGAUUUUGGCUCCACCGACUUCGAAGGAUGACCCAGUGGGGAAGGGCCAGUUGGUUCCGAAGGCGAGGUACGGGCCGGCGAUGCUCGACAUGGCGUUCUCGAACGAUCCUGGACAGUGUGAUCCUGAGGUUUGCAAGGUCUUGGCCACGUUGUACGAGUUCACGAAAGGGCAGUCACAGACGGAGCAGGCAAGGUACAAGUAUAUCUUUGAUGUCGACGGCAACGCAUGGUCCGGGCGUUUUAAACGGCUCAUGUCCUCUCACGCCCUCAUCUUCAAGUCGACUAUCUAUCCCGAAUGGUUUACGGACAGGCUCAUGCCCUGGGUCCACUACAUCCCCAUACAAGUUGACUACUCCGAUCUUUGGGACACCCUCGUGUUCUUCCAUGGCGAUCUGAAAGGAGACAACAACCACGAUGAUCUCGCAAGAAAGAUUGCUUCCGCAGGCCGGGAUUGGAGUCACACUUUCUGGAGAAAGGAGGAUAUGACAGCGUAUAAUUAUAGAGUGUUCCUGGAAUAUGCCCGUGUUAUGAGUACGGAUCGCGCCGCGAUGAGCUAUAACCAUUGGGAAAAGUCGGAAUAGACAUUUUUUUUUUUUCGUUAAGGGAUUUUCAUUUGUUGUUUUCUUUACUGGCCCAAUCAUUUGUACUCACAAGCACCCACUGCAUAUAGACCGUUCGUU